CUUAAUUUCACAAAUGGCAACACAAAGUCAAAUAUAGCUUUCUAAUAUGAUUGAAUUUUUGUUGUAUAACUAUUGUACUGAUUGAUUGAGAUACGAAUCUGAACAGUUCUUCAAACUGAUUUCUUGGCAGAGUAAGUCAAAACUUUCUAUUCAUCAGAAUGCUGCAAAUUCUUUCCCCCCCUCCAUUUUCGGCAACCAAAAUCCCCACCAUCUCCAAAUUCCCAGAAACCCAUUCUCCCAAAUAUCUAUUCCUCUCUCGUCAUCUUCUUAUAUUUCUCCCCACCCGCCGUCAUCAAUUAUGCCUAGACCAUCCUCCACUGUUACUGCAAGACCCAACAACCUUCAGGUGUGCUUCUCUUUCGCAGCCUACGCCAAGAAGCUCAUCGACCACCUGAAAUUCCUCCACAUCCCAAUCCUCCCAGGCCUCACCCGCACCGAAUUCUCCGAUCUGGAAUCCAAAUUCAAAUUCUCCUUCCCGCCGGACCUCCACGCCAUUCUCCGGGAGGGCCUCCCUUUCGGCCCCAAUUUCCCCAACUGGCGAUCCUCCUCCCUCCACCACCUCCAAAUACUACGCGACCUCCCUACGCUCGACAUCUCCAACAACGUCCGCCACCACGGCUUCUGGGUCGAAUCCUGGGGGCCGCGACCCGACGAUCCAUCCGAAUUAAACGCCGUCUUCGACAAAUUGCUGGGCAACGCUCCCACUCUCGUCCCGAUUUAUCGAAAUUGCUACAUCCCGGCACUGCCCGAGGCUUCCGGGAACCCGAUUUUCCUCGUCGACGAGGAGGCGGUCCGGGUCCUGAGCUUCGACAUUGCCGGGUUCUUCCACCAGCUGCAGCUGGCUGGGAGCAAUAGAGUUGGUGGGCAGGGUAAUUACAAUGUGACGAUUAUGCUGCCGGCCUGGGCGGCGACGGCUGCAAGAGAGAUCGAGUUCUGGACGGAGGCGGCCAAGAAGGGGAAGAGGAGGAAAUUAGCUGCGGCGGAUGGCAGAGCGGCGACGGGCGGAUGGUGGGUCCCAGGAGGAGGAGGAGGGUUUGAAAUCAUCUGUUGCCAGCUGGAGCUGACGGCUUGUAUGGAGGAGGUUUUCUGGCGGUUGAGGGAUGGAGGGUGGAGAGAAGAGGAAGUCAGGGAGAUGAUGAUGAUGAAGACGAACAACAAUUGUGAUCGAUUGAAGAGGAACGAGGAGGAGGAGGACGCUGUGUGGCACGUGAGGAUGCUAUCAGCUGGGGAGUUAUUGCGUGCGGGAUGGAGCAAGGAAGAUGUGUUGUACUCGCUUGAUCUUCAGGAUUGUUGUGAUCAGGACCUGGUGAUUCCCGAGGUCGGGAAGAAGUCCUCGCCUUUGACGGUGACGUUAGAUUUUCAAAUUGCAGAUGGUUGUCGGAGACGGAGUCGUGACGAUGAGCUAAGGCGAAACAGUCUUAGGGACUUACUCCAUGAACCUGCUUGAGGGUCUAAUCUAAUCGGAUGUCUUCUUGAGGCGUGAACCGACUUUUUAUAUAUAUAUAUAUAUAUAUAUUAUUUUGUUCGUUUUUUAUUAAAUAGGAUAACACGAGCGAAAUUGUAAACAUAUGUUUGUAACAAUCGAUAUUCUCCGCUUUGCGUUUAGACCAGCAGGGUUUCUUGUUUCGGAUGCAUAUAGAGGUGAUUUUUUGAGAGGUCACUCGUUCUUGUAUUGCUUCGUUCUUGUAUUGCUUCAUAGUGAGCACGUAUAACUUCGGAGUACUUACAAGAACUCUUCAAUUUACACCAUAAAACGCAUCUUAGGAGUUAUAUUCGACUUCUUACUUAUGAAUAAUAGAUCUCUCCCGUAGUUUGUCGAAAUGGAAUUUGGCUAAAGUGUUACGUUAUUAAUACAUAAAUGAAAUAUUGGUCUUAUU